ACGAUAUCCAAUGGGUUGUAGCUUCUAAGCCUUCAAAUUUCCUCCUAAACCUUGAGAAAGAUUUGGUGAAAGAACUUGAUACGAUUCUAAGUCAAGAAGAGGAAUUUUGGGCUCUCAAAUCUCGAGUUAAAUGGAUGAUACAAGGGGAUAGGAACAUCACUUUCUACCAUGUCUCAACCCUAGUGCGAAGGAAAAGAAACUAGAUUUUGGCAAUUAAAAAUGCAGUAGGGGAAUGGAUAUAUGAGGACAAUGGAGUCAAAGAGCACAUUAGGGCUGGUUUCAAGGAUAUAUUUACAUCCCCCUUCCUUAGAGCCCCUAGGGUAGCUCCGGCAUCUUCCCAAUGGCAGGCCAAACUCAUGGAUGAAGAGAAGCCCAGUAUCAAUGGGGUUGCAACGGAAGAUGAAAUUAAAGCUACCUUGUGGUCUUUAAAAGAAUUUAAAGCUCCGGGACCAGAUGGUUUGCAUGCAGGGUUCUUUCAUAGAUUUUGGUUGACAGUGGGAAGCUCAGUAAUUGAUGAAGUUAAGAAGGUUUUUGUAGAAAGAAGAGUUCCUGAUUAUUUGAAUAGGACUCACAUUGCUCUUAUUCUAAAGAUCCAAGGCCUGAAGACUUUAGGAAAUUAUAGACCUAUAAGUCUAUGCAAUACAGUCUAUAAGAUUAUCACUAAGAUCAUAAUGGCUAGACUAAGACCUUUUUUAGACAAACUCAUCUCCCUCCUCCAAAUUGCCUUUGUUCUGGGAAGAAGGGGUAUUGACAAUGCAAUUAUAGCCCAAGAAGUCAUACAUUCCAUCAGCAAAAAGAGAGGAAAGGUGGGUUAUAUGGUUUUGAAAAUUGAUCUGUAGAAGGCUUAUGAUAAGCUCGAAUGGAGCAUCAUUAGGGAUAUGCUUUUCAGAGCUAAUCUUCCCAUGGAUCUCAUUGAGGUCAUUAUGAGCUAUGUUUCGACGGUAUCUACCUAUAUUUUGGUCAAUGGUGAAGCGCUUGAUCCUUUUUACCCCUCAAGAGGGAUAAGGCAAGGGGAUCCAUUAUCCCCGUACCUUUUCAUUCUUUGCAUGGACUUUCUUGGCCAACUCAUUGAGGAGAAAUGCAGUAACAAUUUGUGGUAGCCAGUUAAAGUCUCUCAAAGUGGCCCGGCUUUCUCUCAUUUGCUCUUUGCGGAUGAUCUUGUGUUUUUUUCCAAAGCGGAUCUUACCAAUUGCUUAGCUAUAAGAGAUGUCUUGGAUAUGUUCUGCAGCUUGUCGGGUCAAUCAGUAAAUGAAGCAAAGUCAAGAGUUUUCUUCUCUCCUAAUGUGGAUAGGGACACUAGAGAGUUCUUGAGCGAUGUUCUGGGUUUUGCAUCUACCCCAAACAUUGCUAAGUACUUGGGAAUUCCUAUGAGGGUGCCAGGUGCCUCUUCCCAAGAUUACAACUUCAUAUUGGAUAGAGUAAAGCAGAAACUUGCGAAUUGGAAGGCCAAUUUACUAUCAUUGGCUGGACGGAAUGUACUCAUUUAGGCCUCCUCGGCAGUUUAGGGUGACCCACGUGGUGGUGGCCCCACCGGUGGUGGUGGCCAUGGCCAAGACUGAUCUAACGGAUGGCUACGAUUUGAGCUCUUUGGAAGGGGUUGCGUGUGGUGCGGCUCCAAUUGUGAAGGAGGUCGUUUCCGCUUUCAUGGCGAAGUUUCCAAGAGUUGUCUUUUUACAGGGUUAUGGGCUAACCGAAUCAACGGGGCCAGCGUGGCGAACAGUGGGUCAAAAGGAAAGUGUUCAUUGGGGAUCAACGAGGAGACUUUCAGUAGGUUUUGAAGCCAAAAUUGUAGACCCGGACACAGGGCAUGCUUUGCCUCCAUGCAAGCAAGGGGAGCUCUGGAUUAGAGGACCCACAAUUAUGAAAGGUUAUAUUGGUGAUCCAGAAGCAACUUCUGCAACUAUAGUGGCAGACGGUUGGUUGAGAACUGGUGAUCUUUGUUAUGUCGAUGAGGAAGGUAUUCUAUUUGUUGUAGAUAGGCUUAAAGAAUUGAUCAAAUACAAGGGAUACCAGAUAGCCCCUGCAGAGCUAGAACAUUUGCUUCAGUCCCACCCGGAGAUAGUUGAUGUUGCUGUUAUACCAUACCCUGAUGAAGAAGCUGGUCAGGUCCCAAUAGCUUUUGUGGUAAGACAGCCUCAAAGCUCCCUUGGAGAAGCAGAGAUAAUAGAUUUUGUCGCAAAACAGGUUUCACCAUACAAGAAAAUAAGACGUGUAACGUUUGUCAAUUCCUUACCCAAGAGUGCAACUGGAAAAUUAUUGAGAAAGGAAUUGAGGAAGAUUGUUUUUGUCAACUCUUCUUCUAGGUUAUGAUUUCUUGCUGGGUCAAUAUACAUUAAAACAAACAAGAAACUCAUUCAUCAUAUCUGAUGAUGAUGAUUUCUCAAUUUAGAUUGUUGCAAUUCAAUUUUGAAGAUAAA